CAAUUUUCAAGUUGUCAUUGUGCAUUUUCAGCUUCAUUCCUCAAUAGGAGAAACUAUUGAUUUAUCUUCAGAUUUCAAACCAGCUAUAAAGAAACCUUCUAAAAUAGUGCUAGGUUUAUUUUCCUGGGAUACUCAUCAGGAAAUUAACAAUGGGUCUUUGCUUACUGCUUGUUUUAAUUCAAGGAAUUGGAUUAACAGUUGGAAUUCCAGUCCAUGUACCUCCUCCAGCAACCAAUCCAAUAACCACUGUUGGAACGGGUACUGUAGAAUACAAAAUGCCGCAAAGCACCUUUGAUUACAUUGCAAGGGAUUAUAAAUACUAUCUUGGACAUGAACAGUCCCAUCCAAUUGGUUCAUUGGAGUAUGAAAAACCUGACAUAUCUGAGGGGAGAACAAUUCUCCAAGAACACUUACUUAAUCAAGGCAAAUCAGAAGAAGGCCAAAAAAUUAGUUGCUUGCCUAAUGGUGAAGUGGAAAUCAAAGAGGGAAAUUAUGCUUGCACCAUUCACCCCAGCCGCCCCUUUCCUAAAGAAACCUGGUCUGAACUUGCAAGGGGUUUGAUUGAAAUUACACCUUUCUUGGCCCGGGUUGCCCUGGCAACUUUGGUUUAUGCUUGUGUAGUUCCAUUCGAACCAGUCUACUUCAAAGCCAAAGAAUAUUUUUCUUCAAUGAAAAAGGCCCAUAAAGAAUAAAACUCUGUAGAAUGCCAUUUAAAAAAAAAUUGAGAUUGUGGAAAAUAAAAAUCCAACCUCUUGCCUGUUCCUGCAUUUGGAAUUCAAUUUUCAAUUAUUUGUUUCACUUAAAGAUCAGCAAUCUCAUCUCAUAUCCAAUCAUAUUAUUUCCUGUGAUUGCAAAUGACCUUUUCCUGCAAUUUUACUAAGUCUAUAGAAUGUUCCUUCUGACCAUAUAAAAUCUUCAAUUGAAGCCUAUAAGAGAAUUUUACUUUUAAUCCUAAAGAAUUUUCACCUCUCCCUCUGCUUGAAAUCUAUGGUUUUUCUGACUUCCAUUUUUCCUGAAAGUUUGCACACCCAGGAAUAAGAUGGUUUACAGAGGAGAGAUUCUUGUCAGAAAACAUUAGGGGGUAUCAAAC